UAUGUAGUGCCUCCACUAUGCACCGAUGUCGCCACAAUCUUUUCAGUAUAAGUUUUUCUUUCCGGUCCGUGUGUAAGGUGUUCCGGAAUUCAUUCUUCUUCUUUGUGCCGAUCACGUCACACGUUCUGGUUAGAAAGCACAAAAUGGGAAAAAGAAGACACAGACAUCGCUCAUCGGACGAUGAGAGCCGAAAGGAGUUACAGAAGCGAGUAAAAUGGCUGGAAGAACAGAUUCUACAGCAGGAAAAAGAAAAUAGGCGCAGUAAGUAUACAAGGUUAUGGCUAGGAAGGAUCGACCAAGCCUAGUCCAUAUUUUUUGGACGGCCAUAACGAUACGCAUAUCGUAGAAACAAGGAAAAGGGGAUGGUUUUGUUGGUCCAACCAAUAAACCAUAAAAGUUACGCAUUAUCGUUGUCCAACAUCGGAUGAUGCGUAACCCCGCAAUCGAUCUCGUACGUAACUCAUCUCGCAGCCGUCCAACGGUUGCGAGAGACAAACGCCAUACUCAAUAACGUACGUGGCUCAUCUCGCGAUCGUCCAACGAUUGCGAGAAACAAACGCAGAAUAAACAAUGCAAUGAGCAAUAAAUGCGUGCCAUCGACGUCCAACAUCGGAUGGUGCAUAACCCCGUACUCAAUCCUGUACGGGGCUAACCUCGCGUCCGUCCAACGAUCGCGGGAACCAAACACCGUAUUCAGUCCCGUACAGGGCUAACCUCGCAAUCGUCCAACGAUAGCGAGAGACGAACGGAAUAAUGCAAUGGCCCACGCUGUGGUACAACCGACGCGAAACACACACACACAAAAAAAAGAAGCCUUUUAGUUUCGCUUUAUUUGAUCCUUUUCUUUUUACCAUAACAGGUUAUAGACGACACAACUCGAGAGGAUCAUCGUCACCGGACAGAUCGCGUAGUCGAUCCCGCAGGAGAGACUACUACGAUUGUGACCGUUAUAAGGGACCUCAUACAUAUCAGUACGGCGAUAAUCACGAUCAGGAAGAUCGAGAUAAAGAUGGACAUUACAGUGACAACUCUUGCUCGCCUGAAUCCUUAAGUCAAGAUACGCAACCAGAGGUACAAACGGUCACGGAGACAUCGGGAGAUAAGGAGAAUAUCCCGGCAAAUACACUGGACAUCGGUGAAAAACUCGCAGGCGGUACAAAACCCCCGGCAGAGGUUAUAUCGGAGGAAGUUCAAGAGGUUGAGCUAGAAGCCGACGUCUUGGAAAUAAUUGGAGAACGUUUCAAACCCGAUAGAGUAUUGGCACCGGCCAUACAUAGCCAGCUGGUGGAAAUUUGGGGCGAAAUCAUCGAAAAAGGGUUGCCGACUGAAGAACGAAAAGCAUCCUUAAAAAAGUUUCCACCUCCAAAGAAUUGCGUUUUAAUGGAUCCACCAAAAUUAAAUUUAGAGGUUAAGGCAGUAUUGGACAGUACUAUCCAAAAGAGAGACGAACGAAUUGUUGAAAAACAAGAGAAGAUCGCUGCUUCACUCGCCGGUGUCGGAAAAAUCAUAGAACUUUUGUUGAAAUCGAAUCCCGCCAACAAGAAGGAAUAUCUGGAACCUCUUAUCGGCGUCGCAAGAUUGCUGGCUGAUCUACAACACGAUGAAACUUCUAUUCGGAGGAGUUUAAUUCUGAAAAACAUCAAAGCACCUUUCAAAGAUACGCUGAAGGAUUUGUUACCUGACGAGUGGCUAUUCGGGAAGGAUCUGAGCGAGAAAAUCAAGGCGGCAAAAGUUCUACAGCAAUCAACGAAGGAUUUAAAACUGUCGUUUAAACGAUCGACUGACCAAGGAAAAAAUUCAAAAAACUCGAAAGGCCCGCCUCACCAAGGACAAUACAAAUCGAACACCUAUCCGAAGGGGGGCGGGUACAGGCAGAAUUACAGUCGACGCAAUACUUGCAGUCGGAGCAACAAGUCCACUCCUCGGGGAAAGAGCCAUUACCAGAAACAGGAACAGACAGAUGCGAAGAAGAGCAAUUAAACGCAGCCACAUCCAAUUUGGAGGAAGAUUACCCUGGUUGCGGGGGUGCUGUCUGCAAAGCAUUAAAA